UCUGUUGCUUGGCCGUGAAGAGGGAGACGAUUGGUGGUGUCCUCGCGCAUGGCGUUGCUCCGCCUCCACCUCCUCCGGCCGCCGCCUCGUCCGCUCCCCGCUCUCUCCUCCCCUUGGCGCCGCGCGCUGCCAGCCACCGCCGCCGCCGCCCCGGCGGUCGCCUCCUCCCGCCUGCUCUGCUCCAACUCCAACUACCCCGCCGCCGCGCCCUCGCCCUCCAUCGUCGGCGGCCUCCUCGACUACCUCAACGAGUCAUGGACGCAGUUCCACGCCACCGCUGAGGCCAAGAGGCAGCUGCUUGACGCGGGGUUCAAGCUGCUCAGCGAGAACGACGACUGGGACCUGCAGCCUGGCGGCCGCUACUUCUUCACGCGCAAUAUGUCCUGCUUGGUUGCCUUUGCAGUUGGGGAAAAGUACAGAGUUGGCAACGGUUUCAAUAUAAUUGCAGCCCACACUGAUAGUCCAUGUCUCAAGCUGAAACCAAAGUCUGCUUCCUUCAAAUCGGGCCAUCAGAUGGUAAAUGUACAGACGUACGGAGGCGGGCUGUGGCAUACAUGGUUUGAUAGAGAUCUAACAUUGGCUGGGAGAGUCAUCCUCAAGGCUGCAGAUGGCUCAUUUAAGCAUAAGCUUGUCAAAGUGAGCAGGCCACUGAUACGUGUACCGACACUGGCUAUACAUCUUGACCGCACAGUGAAUUCUGACGGGUUCAAGCCCAAUCUGGAGAAUCAUCUAGCUCCACUUCUUGCAACAAAAUGUGAAGAGACUACUGUGAAUUCUGAUGACAAAAAGGGUUCAAGUUCCACUAAGAUAGCCCAUCAUCCACUGCUUUUGCAAGUUCUGUCGGAAGAAAUUGGUUGUGGAACAGAUGAAAUAAUUGGUAUGGAGCUGAAUGUGUGUGAUACCCAGCCUAGUUGCCUUGGAGGCGGAAAUAACGAGUUCAUUUAUUCUGGUAGACUGGACAAUCUUGCUUCAUGUUAUUGCGCUCUCAGAUCUCUCAUGGACUCUUCCAAGAUGUCAGAACAGUUAUCAAAUGAGAAGGCCAUAAGAAUGAUUGCAUUAUUUGAUAACGAAGAGGUGGGUUCAAAUUCGAUGCAAGGGGCAGGUGCACCAACCAUGUUUCAGGCUAUGAGACGAAUUGUUGACUCCUUGAUGCAUCAGUCCAUGGGAGAGGGGGCCUUGGAGCGUGCAAUAACCUCUUCCUUUCUUGUUUCCGCAGACAUGGCUCAUGCCCUGCACCCAAACUAUCCAGACAAGCAUGAAGAGCACCACAGACCUGAACUACAGAGAGGACUUGUUAUCAAACACAAUGCUAAUCAACGUUACGCCACAAGUGCUGUAACAGCUUUUCUCUUCAAGGAAAUAGCAAGAAUUCAUAACCUUCCAGUUCAGGAAUUUGUUGUGAGGAACGAUAUGGGUUGCGGCUCAACUAUCGGCCCCAUACUUGCUUCUGGUGUUGGCAUACGGACUGUUGACUGUGGUAUUCCUCAGCUUUCAAUGCACAGCGUUCGGGAAAUGUGUGGCAAGGAAGAUAUAGACACUGCAUACAAGCACUUCAAAGCUUUCUUUGAGAUGUUCUCCGACAUCGACCAGAAAUUAAAUGUAGACUUUUAGGUUCUGUGUAUUUACUAUAUGGCUGUUUUUUUUACAGCUGCUGUAUGGCUGUUUAUCAUAGUAUCAGUUCUUUUGUCCAUCUAAUCUGGUUAAGACAAGAGUACUGGUUUGAAAUUGUUUCUCGAAUGAUAAAUAUAACUACGAACUAAUAACUCAUUGCUACGCUCAUCUUUCUUGAGAAAAAAUAAAUUCAAUAAUCUA